UUAAUAUUCUUUUAUUAAAGUAACCACCAGACACCCGUAGGAUCUGAAUUAUCACUUACAGGAGUUGAUACAUUAGCUAAUAUCCGAAGAGAAAUUAAAACUGUGACAGGUUCUAAGCACGAUUGGGUUAAAACUUUAGUAAUGCAUAAUGAUGCUAUUUAUCGUGGUAAUGAGAAGAAAACUGACUAUAAUCUUAACCUUCUAUGGGGUGAAAAGGAAAAGUGUGAAUAUAUAGAUCUGAAGCAUGAUUUCCAGUCUUCAUUUUACAAUUUUGAUUCUACAAUUCUAUUAGAAUGUAAACCAAGAACUAAAGCCUAUAAUUUGGAAAUUAACAUAAAUACUAAUUCACCUGAAUGGGAUAUGCUUAAUUCUAAGACUCGUCAGGUAUUCUAUCUUGAACGUCAUUUAGAAGGAUGGGAAACAAUGAAUUUUAGUCACCCAGCUAUUAAUAUAGAUGCAGAAGGAAAAAUUGGAAUGGAUUUUGAAGGUCCAUUUUAUGAUAAGAAAUAUCAUAUAAAGAGCAAGACAGAUGUAUUGCCUAGUUAUGAAAUAACUUAUUCGUCUAAACUCACAAGUACUCCAUAUAUGGAAUUAAAUAUUGAAGUUCCUGAAGAUGGAUUUAAGAAUAUUAAAUACAGAACAGAUAUUGCAAGAGAUGGAAGUGGAUUUUCUAUUGUAGGAACUCAUGUUCAUACAGAUAAACCAGAAGAAGUAAAAGAAAAUCUUGCAUUUGCAUUGAAAUUAUUAUCACCUUUCACAAUUUCACUCAAAGGAUAUGAAGAUUUAAAAUUUUCAAUGGAAAUAGCAGAGAAACUUCAUCCUAGGCUUGUUCUUCUAUCAGAAAAAAUAGAAGCUAUAGUGAAAGAUCGCAAUCAUCCUAUAAAUGUUCUUAUUAAAUCUUUAAGAAAACAAUCAAAGAAACAGGAAGAAUUUUAUAGAAAUGCAUUUGAAAAAUUGAAAGAAAAUAGAAAAGAAAUCCGUGAACUGCUUUAUCCAUUUAUACAACCAACUGUUGAAAUGAUUCGUAAUAUAAGAAGAGAAGCAGAUGAACGUACAAAACAAGCACAAGAUAAUUAUGAAUCUUUUACAGUUGCAGCAAAUGCUUUCAGAAACAUUGACUAUCAAGGGUAUGCCAAUAAAGCAGUCACACGGAUUCCUCAAGAAUCCAUUGAAGCUAUUAAAUCCUACCUUACAAGUCGUGAAAAUAACAUUGUAAAGUACCAAUAUACUGGUCCCCAUCCAUUCUAUUGGCAAAAUCUGUUCCAGGUUCCUCAACCAUGGGAAGGAACUUAUAGAAGUCCAGUUUUCUAUCUCUUACCUCAUUUAAAUAAAGAAAUUCUUUUUAAAAGGAGAUAUAUAGUAUCACCAAUUCAUAAAACAGCUAUGAUAUUUGGUACAAGCCAUAUGUAUACUUUUGAUGGAAAAAUGUAUGAAUUUCCAGAUUUUCCAGGUUCAGACUGUACUUAUAUGUUGGCUCAUGAUGUCAGAGAAUCAACAUUCUCUGUUCUUUUAUCUGAACAAAAACUUCAUAUAUUAUUCCCUGAAGUAACUGUAACUCUUGAUAGAGAUAAUAAAAUAUAUUUAAAUAAUAGCCGUCAAGAAAGUGGAGUACCAAUAGAAACUCCAAAUGGAAAAGUAUUUGUUACUCGUGAAGGUGGCAUCGUAUCUAUAAAUUCUAUUGGCUUAAAGGUUCUUUGUAAUUCUCAGAGAUCAUUUUGCGUUUUUAUACUUGAUCCUUUAUAUCAUAGUGGAACAAUAGGCUUAUUAGGAAAUGCAGAUGGUGAAGCCUAUAAUGACUUUUCUGUAAGUAAAUUAUCCAUUUUUUAAAAUUCAAUAUACAGU